UGGUACGCGUCCGUGGUGCACGUGCACGUGCUGGCGGCGCCGGCAGCCGCGCUGCUGGCGGCGGGCAGCGUCAUCUGGCUGGCGACCGUCAGCGAGCGGGACGCUGCGCCGGUGCGACUCCUGCUCAACGUGGCGUAUCUGGCCAUGGCGGUCACACUGUGCGUGCUGAAGGUCCGCUUCUACAGCGGCGUGGCCGGGCUGGGCGCCGACCACAUGCGGCUGGACCUGGCCUGGGCGCUGCUCGUCGCCUACGGACUCAUGCUGGGCGUGGAGGUGCAUUUUGCCAUCUCGGAGCGCUAUGUAUGCGGUACAUCACGGCUGUACUCUCUCACACCCGAAAAAGAAAACGUGGACAACGUUGUCUACAAGCACCCACACGCAAGCGCCCUUCAAAAAGUCACGUUCUCGUGGAUUUUCAACCUCCUGCUAGUUGGUUUUCAAACUCCGAUCGAGUUUACAGAUCUCGGCAGCCUGCCCUCUGGUGAGGACACCUUGCCGCACUACGAAAAGCUGAGCAAAUCCUUGAAACGAGAAAAGGCACAAGCAGCGGGCGCCGGCCGCGAGGUGCGGCUCUGGCGUGUGAUGUGGCGCACACACCGGCGCCGCCUGCUGCUGGGCGGCCUGCUCAAGCUGUGUGGCGACCUCUCCGGCUUCGUGGCGCCGCUCGCGCUCAAGAACAUUAUCGAAUUCGUGAUGCUACACCAGUCGGGCGAGCUGCAGGUGCACCACCUCGAGAGCGCCGGCCAAGAAUCAGCGCUGGAAUGCGGGCCAACUUUAGGAUCACGUAGCACUCAGGAUGGCCAGCGUAAUACCCCUGCAGCGCUUACGUGCGCGCGGUCCCAUGCAUGCCCAACGCUCGCCCGAAACGGGCUCCCAGCCUCACCGUUCACACGCAUCUCUGUCUGUCCCCAGUACCUGUACCCGACCGUGGCCGACUUCCUGUCGAACGGCUACGUCAUGUCGGUGCUGGCGCUGGUGGCGGCGCUGGCGCAGGGCACGUUCUCGCAGUCCUGCACCCACGUCAUGGUCACCGAGGGCGAGCGGCUGCGCGCCGAGGUCCAGGCUCUGGUGUACGAGAAGUCGCUGAAGAUCCCGACUGCCGGCACUGACCACGCGACGACAGACAAGUCGGACACCCUGCAGCGGCCCGGUAAAUUAGUGGCCUCGAUCGUGAGACUAGGCCGUCCACAGGCGCGCUGCCUAUUGAUAGCGAGCGUGGUGCCACAGCCUACCGCGCUGACUAGAAGGACUUACCCCGCAGUUUUCUCCGCUAACGUCAGCGUGUUUGCAGCAUUGCAACACCUGCAGAAAUCAACCUGUUCAACAUCCUUUUACAAACCACUUGAGCUUGAGCACUUAUCGCCAUUGAAAGAAUCGUAUGACAUCGUUGAGUUGUUUCCUGACUGUCCGACAGCAGGGGGCCAAGGUAUCGGCGAGACCGGGCAUAAUGACCACGUCGACUCCGGCAACAUCAUCAGCCUGCUGUCGGAGGACGCGGCCAACCUCUCAGAGCUCAUCUGCCAGUCUCAGUACAUCUGGGCCAUCCCGCUGAAGAUCAUCAUUCUGCUGGUGCUGAUACACGGCCAGCUGGGCAUCAGCGCCGUCAUCGGCUGUUUCGUGUCCAUCUUCCUGCUGACACCGCUGCAGUUCGUUAUCGUGAAGAAUCUGCAGGCCAACAAACACGUGCUGCAGGCGAAGAGCGACGAGAGACUGAGCCGCUCCAUCGAGUUCGUCAACGGCAUCCGCCAGCUGAAGCUCAACGCUCUCGAGUUCGCCUACGAGAAGAAGAUACAGCUCGUCAGGAAAAACGAGCUGAAGCUUCUCAUGAAGGACUCGUUGUUUUGGGCCCUGAACAUGUUCCUGACGCAGGCCUCGCUGACGGUGAUCACCAUGACUACAUUCGGUCUGUACAGCCUGCUGGAGAGGACAGCCACUCUUGAUCGUAAAGCAGCGGAUGUAAACAGUGAGCCAACGCGCCGUGUGUGGCGUCGGCCAGUGACGGCAUCGCGUCUGUGUCUGUGGCCGCAGGUGAGCAUCGGCCGGCUGGGCGACUUCCUCGGCCUGGCGGAGGUGGAGUCGCUGCGUCGGCAGUCCCCCGUCUCAGGGGACGCCGGAGCCAGCCGCGCAACCCUGCAGGGGCCCACCCCAUCGCUGUCGACGACGACGACGGGCAGCCGCUCGCCGGAGACGACAGAGCGGCCGGACUCGCUCGACCUCUCGCCCCCGGAGGGCCCGGCCUGCCUCUGGGGCAGCCAAGACUCCGUAUUCGGCCUGCAGAGCAUCCCGGAGGCCGACGAGGAAGUGGACGCGGCGGCCGUCGCCGGUGCUGUGGCCGCUGCGGUUUCGAACCGACUGGCGGCCGACGGCCAGCCCAGAGCGAGCCGCAUGGCCGCCGGCGACGCGGCCGCGCAGACUGACGACGUCCCGAACGGUGGGCCGCCGCAGGGGAACGGAACAGAGGACGACGCCACAGACGUGCCGCCGCCGACCUCCUUCGCCUCCGCCUCCGCCUCCGACCCCGCCACGGACAGGCAGGAACCGGGACGUAACAGGCCAGUUCGCGUGCUCCAGCCACUGAACCUGCAGGCGGUGCGCUUCGCCGUGGACCCCGUGGAGCCAGAUAUGGAUCCGGAUGGGGAGCCGGCGGCGGCGCGGGAGGCGCCGGUGGUGCGCGUGGAGCAGGCGUGCUUCAGCUGGCGGCCGGACGGUGAGGCCGACACGCUGGCUGACAUCAGCCUGGUGGUGCCGCGCGGCCGGCUCACCAUGAUCGUCGGACCGGUGGGCAGCGGCAAGUCGUCGCUGGUGGCCGCACUUCUCGGCGAGCUGCGCCGGAAGAGCGGCUCGGUCACCUGGGCCAGCUCGGCUCCACUCGCCUACGCCUCGCAGUCACCGUGGCUCUUCAACGACUCGCUGCGCAAUAACGUGCUGUUCGGGCGAGGAAUGAAUCCGCGCCGCUACCGGCGCGUGCUGGCCGCCUGCGCGCUCGAUGAGGACAUCAUACUGCUGGGGCCGGCCGGCGACAGCACAGUGAUCGGCGAGCAGGGCGUCGUGCUGUCCGGUGGGCAGCGGCAGCGCGUGGCCGUGGCGCGCGCGCUGUACUCGAACGUCAACUGCGUCAUUCUGGACGAUCCGCUGUCCGCGCUGGACGUUCAUGUCGGGCUGCACGUCUUCGAGAACGGCAUCAGGAAGCUGUUGGUGCAGCAGGGCAGGACUGUCAUCUUGGUCACACACAAGCUCCAGUAUCUGAAGCACGCAGACCAGGUGGUGGCGCUGGAGCGGGGCCGGGUGCGGCAGCAGGGCACCUUGGCCCAGAUCGCCGAGGCCGACCCGGAGCUGUACCGGCGCUGGCAGCAGCUCAUCCAGCUGAACCAGCAGCAGGAGAACCAGGAGGCGGCCGCCGAGACGCGGACGGCCCGCGAGCGCUGGCGCUUGCUGCAGAAGAUCCAGAAGGCCAGCCGGCUCAUGACGGCGGCGCCGGCCGUCAGCCGCGACAAGUUCUCGUCGUUCCGUCGCGCAGCGCUGGGGCGGCGCUCGUCGCUGCGCCACCACAUGUCGCACGGGCUGCCAGUGCCGCUGGACGUGGGCAGCGACGAUUACGGCGCGGUGCCUCGGCGGCGCGCCACCACCGACGCCGAGCGCCGGUACGAGUCCCUGCGGCUGCAGCGGAUGGUGUCGUCGCCGCCUAACAUGCCGUCGCCGCUGGUGCCGGCGCGGGGCUCCGUCUCGGACUCGGGUCGCCAGCUGCUCAACCUCCUGCUGCGGAGGAGCACAACCAGCUCUCGUACGUCGCCUGUCGACCCCGAGCGUGACGUACCACCCGAGCAGAUGGCGCCACUAGUGCCGGCCGACCCGCCGCCGCCGCCGCGGCCCCAGCUGACACGCGCGCUCUCCAUCGCCUCCAACUACAGCGAGAUGUACCGCGACGAGGAAGAAGAGUCUGACCUGGACUCAAGACGCUUUCUAGACGAAGACAGGGAAAAGGGCAAGAUUUCAAAGCUGGUGUACAUCACGUACAUGAGGGCGUGCGGAUUGGGUUUUGGCAUUUUGUACCUCACCAUGGUUCUGCUUACUCAGGGCGCACACGUGGGCACGGACGUGUGGCUGAGCAGGUGGAGCGAAGCGGCCAGCCAGUGGAACCGCAGCCACAAGGACCAGUGGCAGCAGCUGGCUGGCGGCAACGCCACUCCCGCGAGCGCCGUGGAGCCGGAGGACGUGUCGGACGCGUAUGAGGCGUUCAUGGCGUCCGAGACGCGCUCCUACCUGCUGGUGUACGGCGUGCUGUCGGCCGUCGCCGUGCUGCUCGCGCUGGCUGCCAACCUGAGCGGCCAGUGGGCGGGUGCGCGCGGGCGCCGCAGCCUGCAGCGCCGCCUGCUGGCCGCCGUCACGCGCGCCCGCAAGGAGUUCUUCGACCGCACGCCGGCCGGCCGCAUCAUCGACAGGUUCGCCCAGGACGUCAGCUUCAUCGACAAGAAAUUGGCAACUGAGAUACACAUGCUGCUUUUCUUCGUCCUUCAGUGCUUGACAGCAGUAAUAGUGAACGUCGUCGUGACCUGGUGGUUCAUCUUCAUCGCACUGUUCAUCACCGUCAUCUACUACUUCCUGCAGAGAUUCUACAGAACAUUCGCCAUUGAGCUGCAGCGGCUGGACCACAUCGCGCGCGCGCCCGUGCUCUCUCACCUGGCCGAGACGCAGGCCGGUCUGAGUGUGGUGCGCGCGUACGGCCACCAGAAGCGCUUCUUCGCCACGCUGCUGCAGUGCGUCGACCUUCACCUGCUCACCUCGCUGGUGUACGAGUCGGGCCAGCGCUGGCUCGGCAUCGCGCUGGACUACCUGGGGGCUGUGAUCGUGUUCGUGUCGAGCGUGUCGGCCGUGACAGUGGCCGUCACCAGCCGGGAGCGCGUGCCGUCGGCUCUCAUCGGCCUGGCCAUCAACUACACCCUGCUCAUCCCCACCUAUCUGGUGUGGGUGGUGCGCUCGCUCAGCGUCGUCGAGAUGUACAUGUGCGCCGUGGAGCGCGUGCACAAGUACACCAUGCUCAAGGCGGAAGACUACAGGAAGAAGGCUCUCGUGGCGCCUGAUUGGCCGCGACAGGGCAAGAUCGAGUUCAUCGGCGCCAGCGUCGGCUACUCAGGCGAGGACACGGCCAUCGUCAGGGUGCUCAAGGAUGUCAGCGUCACCGUCCUGCCCGGCCAGAAGGUGGCUCUGGUGGGCCGGUCGGGCAGCGGCAAGUCGACUCUGGCCAUGGCCCUUUUUCAAAUGUCGGAUCUGCUGGAGGGCGUGAUCCGGAUCGACGGCAUGGACCUAAAAAGCGUGCCUCUGCACUCGAUCCGCUCGCAGGUGGCGCUGAUACCUCAGGAGCCGCUCCUGUUCUCCGGCACAGUCAGAUCAAACCUGGACCCGAAGUUUGACAUACAAGACGAAGAAAUCUGGAGGGCUCUUGAGCUCGUACAAAUGAAGGAGUAUAUAAAGAAGCUAGGGAAAGGUUUGGAGUCGGAGGUGCAGGAGGGCGGCGACAACUUCAGCGUGGGACAGCGCCAGCUGCUGUGUCUGGCGCGCGCGCUGCUGCGCGGCGCGCGCGUCGUCGUCAUGGACGAGCCGACCAGCUCGCUGGACGCCGAGACGGAGCGCAAGGUGCAGGCGAUCGUGUGGAAGGCGUUCGAGAAGAGCACGGUCAUCACGAUCGCGCACCAGCUGACCACCGUGCUCGACUACGACCAGCUGCUGGUGCUGCAGGACGGCCGGCUGGCCGAGCAGGGGCCGCCCCGCCAGCUGGCCAACAAGCGAGGCGGUUUGUUUGCCGGUAUGCUGCGCGCCGCGCUCGACCAGGGCGCGUCCCUCACAGACAGGCUGACCUGAGGUCGAGCUGGCGGCGGUCGGCUGAGCUCGACCGGCACGCCUGUGACCUCAUCGGCGACGCCGCGGCGUCGAUGACUUGCGAGAUACUCGGGCCAGUUUCGUGUCGCGUGUGCAGAGAAGUAUCUUUAGAGCAUUCGGAGGGCGGAUCAACCUGAGAGUUCCGCGCUCUGGCCGAUCGUGGAACUCGAAAACGGAGAUACAGCCCCAGCGAUGAGCCUUCAAGCGUACUGCUAGCUUUUAUAUAAUACAAGUGCUAUUUUAUGACAA